GGGCUUGACGCAGCGCGAGCCGGGGCAUCAGAGAGGCAGCGCGGCGGCAGCAGCAGCAUCCCGGCUAACCAGCGGUAGCCUUCCCCCUCCGACAGCCUCCCACCACCGGCGAGGUGCUUCUUUCUCCGAGCAUCCUCCGGAAACAACGAGAUAAAAGAUAAGAUGGCCACCUCCUCCUCCACUCUGGAAGAAGACGAGAGCUUGAAGGGCUGUGAAAUCUUUGUGCAGAAGCACAACAUCCAGCAGAUCCUCAAAGAGUGCAUUGUGAACCUCUGCAUCGCUAAGCCUGAGCGUCCUAUGAAGUUCCUGCGGGAGCAUUUUGAAAAGCUGGAGAAGGAAGAAUGCAAGCAGAUCAUGGCGCGCCAGAAAUCUAACAGCCAGUCGGACUCGCACGAUGACGAGGUUUCUCCCCCACCGCCCAACCCGGUUGUUAAGGCCCGGCGCCGCAGGGGCGGGGUCAGCGCCGAGGUGUACACCGAGGAGGACAUGGUCAGCUACGUACGCAAGGUCAUCCCUAAGGACUACAAGACCAUGACCGCCUUGGCCAAAGCCAUUUCCAAGAAUGUGCUGUUUGCUCACCUGGACGAUAAUGAAAGAAGUGACAUAUUUGAUGCCAUGUUCCCAGUCACCCACAUUGCCGGGGAAACAGUCAUCCAGCAAGGCGAUGAAGGAGACAACUUCUAUGUGAUUGACCAAGGUGAAGUGGACGUUUAUGUGAACGGGGAGUGGGUGACGAGUAUUGGAGAAGGAGGUAGUUUUGGAGAGCUGGCCCUGAUCUACGGGACUCCCAGAGCCGCAACCGUCAAGGCCAAGACUGACCUCAAGCUGUGGGGCAUCGACCGAGACAGCUACCGACGCAUUCUCAUGGGCAGCACACUGAGGAAGAGGAAGAUGUAUGAAGAAUUCCUCAGCAAGGUGUCCAUCCUCGAGUCUUUGGAUAAGUGGGAACGUCUGACUGUGGCUGACGCACUGGAGCCGGUUCAGUUUGAGGACGGAGAGAAGAUAGUGGUGCAAGGAGACCCUGGGGAUGACUUCUUCAUAAUUACAGAGGGAAUAGCCUCUGUUCUGCAGCGCAGGUCUGACAACGAGGAGUACGUGGAGGUCGGGCGCCUGGGACCCUCCGACUACUUUGGGGAGAUCGCGUUGCUGUUGAACCGCCCCCGGGCGGCCACCGUCGUCGCCCGCGGUCCGCUCAAGUGUGUGAAGCUGGACCGGCCCCGCUUCGAGCGCGUGCUGGGGCCGUGCUCCGAGAUCCUCAAGAGGAACAUCCAGAGGUACAACAGCUUCAUCUCCCUCACCGUGUGACGCGUCGGCCCCUCCGGGCGCCACCAGCAUCAGCGGCAGCGUUUGGGUCCGUGGGUGGGAAUAGGUGAGGACGACGUGGGUUUUACAGCCACAACUACAGGGCGCUCAUUUACUGCCUUUCUUUUCCAUUUCGCGCUAUUUUAUUUUAUUUUUAAUCUUUCCGAUCUCGUGCACUUGACCGGUGCCGUCACGUAGCUUUAUGUCAAAUCCAACACGUACAAAUCAGAGUGAGGACAGGGAUAAUUCAACUCAUUAGAUACUGUAAAUGAGUCAAAUAUACAGUGUGGUAACUGUAUGUGACGCAUGCUUCUAGAUUGACGAAGAACCGGGAUUUUUGCACUUUUGUGAAUUCAUGAAAGGUAACGGAUGAAUUCAGGAAACAAAGAAGGAUGUAAAGUCAUGUUUAUGUACAGCAGGAGGAAGCAAGCACACGUUUCUUUUCUUUUUUCCGCUGACUGUUGUUUGUCUUUUUAUUCACUUCUGGGAGAGCGUGGUGUCGAAAACAGACCCCCGUGCCCUUAAAACGUAGCUGUACAGGUUGGAAGGAAAGUAGAAACAUGGCCGUUUAAUUUUAAAUGCUUCUUACGUGUGCUUUUACUGCUAUUGUCAGUGGGGUUUGUUAAAGGCAGUUCAGUCUGAUCCGUGAGCUGUGGGAUACCAAAGGAGAGUCCCGUCCUCAUACACACACAGUCUGAAACACACUUAUGCUGUCUAUGCUUACACUGUCUCAGGACAAUUUUAAUCUUCAACAGAAACACACACACACACGCGUCUUUCCUGACGCUUUUUAUUUAGUUGUAUUGCUCGAUUGGAAGCUUUUGCACCACUUGUAGAGUUUGUACCGACGGGUCAAUACAGAUGUUUGAAUUAGCUGUUUUUAAGACACGACUUACAUGUUAUGAAUAUAUAAAAGACAGAAGUAAAAAAAAAUAUACUUGUGUUGCUUUCCUUUGAUCUACUGUAUUUUGUCAAACUUGCACAACUGACCCAUCGACUGAUACUGAUCGUAUAAAAUGGGACCUGAAAAGAAUCUUUCUAUAUUCUCUCUCUCUCUCUCUCUGUCUUUCUUUCAACUAUCAAAUAAAGAUAAGCUUCUGAAAUCCU